AUGCUGUGCGGCGGCGUGUCGUGCUGCUCGGACGUGCUCACCAUCUGCGGCCUGCUCGCGGUGCAGUGCAUCUACGGCCUCUACAUGAUGUUCCUCGACGGCCUGCUCGCCGCCGGCGUCCCCUCGCUCUUCAUCAUCGUCGUCGCCUGCGCCGCAUCCUCCGUCGUCGUCCUCCCCUUCGCCAUCGCGCUCGAGAGGAAGAAAUGGCCCAAAGCGUGGAGUCCCAUGUUGGUGGUUCAGAUCGUCAUUAUUUCACUAGGAGGGGUGUCCAUAUAUCAAGUCUUCAUGAUGCUUGGUGCCGAACGGACCUCGCCCGCGAUCGCCUCCGCCAUGCCUAAUCUUGGCCCUGGCUUCAUCUUCAUCAUCGCGGCCUCUCUGAGGUUUGAGAGGUUCGAUUGGAAGUGCAAAUACACCAGAGCAAAGAUCUUGGGCACAUUGGUGUGCCUCAGUGGGGCAAUGUGCUUGAGCUUCCUGAAGAACCCCACUCCUAGCAACGAAGAACUCUCCCAGGGGAAUGGUAAGAAAGACUGGAUCCUUGGAUGUUUCUAUCUUCUGACCGGAGUCACAAUCUUCGCCUGCAACACUGUCAUGCAGGCUGCAGCCCUGAAGAGAUUCCCUGCGCCAUUGUCCGUCUGUUCGAUCACCGCCAUUAUGGGGUCGAUCUUCAGUGCUACCAUCCAGGUCUUGAUGGAGGGGAAGCUCGACGCGGGCACCACGGACGACAUCGCCAGGAUCAUCGGUGAAAUUGUGCUUGUGGGAGGCGUGGUGAUCGGCCUGUGCACGACAUUCCAGGUGUCGAGCAUUGGGCGCAAGGGGCCCGUGCUCGUGUCGAUGUUCAGCCCGUUCCAGACUGUGUUCUCGGCGUUCAUCUCGCUCAUCUUCUUCGGGCAAUGGAUUGGCCUAGGAUGCUUAGUGGGGAUUGUGCUCAUGUUUGUUGGACUCUACGUGGUGCUGUCGGCGAAGAACAUGGAGGACAAAAUGUUCGCCGAGCUGAUGGCGCCAUCUGCAACUGAAUGUGAUGUAGAGAGGCCACUCCUUUAG